AUGUCAGACAACAACGAACAGCCUAAAUGUCCAGUAGAUCAUUCCACAAGACAAUCUUGGCUUGCAAAACUAACCGGUGGUGGUGCAAAUAAAGAUACUUCAGAACAAACACAACAAAAACCAAUCUCAUCAUCAAUCCAACCGCCAUCUCAAGAGCCACAAGUAUGCCCUGUAAAUCAUGAUAGUCGAUCGGCGUGGCUAGAUAGAGUAUCAGUUAGUGUCACCACUCCAGGAUCCGCAGUAGAGAUACCACAACAACCUUCUAGCGCAACCUGCGAUUCAUCAACCAUGUCAAACACAUUACAAGACACCACAACAUCCAACAUCAACUUACCCACCGAUCGAGAAAUAAGCUCCAUACCUCGUACUUCAUCCAACCAAAACUGGAUCUACCCCAGUCAAAAACAAUUUUUCGAAGCCAUGCAACGUAAAAACUGGAACCCUGAUUCUCAAGAUAUGAAAGUCAUUGUUCCUAUACACAACUUGGUUAACGAACGUGCAUGGAAACAUAUAACCAUGUGGGAAGGUAAUCACUACCAAGAAGCAAUAAAACAAUGUGGUGGCAUCACACUCACCUCAUUCAAAGGAGAUCUGAAGAAAUUGACACCAAGAGCUUGGAUCAAACUGUAUAUUUGGGGACAACAGCCACCUUUUGAUCGUCACGAUUGGACUAUUAAUCGGUGUGGUAAAGAGAUUGAAUAUGUUAUUGAUUUUUAUAAUGGUGAUGAUAACUCGGGGCAAGUUUGGCUUGAUGUUCGACCCAAGUUGAAUAGUAUGGAAGGUGUCAAAUUACGAUUAGCUAAAGCGUUUGGAUUUGAUUGA